AUGGCCUUUCCCAGGGCCCUGCUGUCACUGUUCACCUCGGCCUUGACCGUGAGCUUGGGUGAGGCCUUAAGGCGCUUCACCUGUGAGCAGCCCACGGCCCUUCCUUGGUGCGAGACCAUUACUAACUGCAAGCCGGAGGACACAGCGUCCAAGUCCUCGCAGCUGACGGUGGAGUCAGAGUCCCCCUUCAACCGCAGCCCGGUGGUGACCACUUCCGGCUCCAGCUCCUGCGAGGCCGCUGAGCCACACAGCAUCGGGGCUGCCCACCCCAGCUACUGCUGCUUCCAUGACCUCUGUAAUUCUACGGGGGUUGCCAGGCUCG